AUGAGUUACGCGAACGAAAUGUACACCAGCAGCUCGUAUCGGAAGAUCUUCGGAGAUGCCCCCAGGUCCACCCGCAUCACUCUGGGCAGCAGCCCCUCUCGCCUCUCCGCGGGAUACCGGACGGGCCACCGCACCUACGGGUCACCGUCGGCGCUCACCUCCUCCAGCAUCCGCAAGGUGGGCGCCGGACGGAGCUUCGCCUCCGCACACGAGUCCAUCGACCUGACGCAGUCCACAGCCGUCACCAACGAGCUGAAGAUCAUCCGCACCAACGAGAAAGAGCAGCUGCAGGGCCUCAACGACCGCUUCGUCUCCUUCAUCGAGAAGGUGCACAACCUGGAGCAGCAGAACAAGGUGCUGGAAGCCGAGGUGACCUUGCUGCGCCAGCGCAACAACGAGCCGUCGCGCCUCCACGACCUGUACGAGCAGGAGAUCCGGGAGCUGCGGGGGCGCGUCGAGGAGCUGACCCACGAGAAGAGCCAGAUGCACCUGGACUGCGUGCAGAUGAGCGAAACGCUGGACCGGCUGAAGGAGAAGCUGGAGGAGGAGAGCCGGCUCCGCGAGGAGGCGGAGAGCACCCUGCGCGGCUACCGCAAGGACGUGGACGACGCCACGCUGGCGCGGCUGGAGCUGGAGAAGAAAGUGGAGUCGCUGCUGGAUGAAAUCGCCUUCCUGCGGAAAGUCCACGAGGAGGAGCUGCAGGAGCUGCAGGGGUCCCUGCAAGCCUCACAGGUGUCAGUCGAGAUGGACAUGAGCAAACCCGACCUUGCCGCAGCCCUGAAGGACAUCCGGGCCCAGUAUGAAACCCUGUCUGCCAAGAACCAGGUCCAAGCUGAGGAUUGGUACCGCUCCAAGUUCGCGAGCGUGAAUGAGGUGGCUGCCCGCAACCAGGACGCCAUCAAGCAAUCCAAGGAGGAGCUGAGCGAGUACCGCAGGCAGGUGCAGGCUCGCACCCUGGAGAUCGAGUCCCUCCGGGGUCACAACGAGGCCCUGGAGAGGCAGAUUGCAGAGAUGGAGGACCGCCAUGGCAACGAAAUUGGAGAGAUGCAGGAUACCAUCCAGCAGCUGGAGGCUGCCCUGCGUAGCACCAAGGGAGAGAUGUCCCGUCACCUGCGUGAGUAUCAGGACCUGCUGAAUGUCAAGAUGGCCCUGGACAUUGAGAUCGCUGCAUACAGGAAGCUGCUAGAAGGGGAAGAGUGCCGCCUUAGCACUGUUAGUGGCGCUAUGGUGCAGUCAGGCUACCCUGGCUUCUCCUAUUCGUCAACCCGCAGCUAUACUCUCGGCGCCUACAGGAAGUCCAGCGCCAAGCCAGAGGAGGAGGAGGAAGAGGUAGAGGAAGAGGAGAAGGAGGAAGAGGAGGAGGAGAUUGAGGAGGGGGAAGAGGGAGAGGAGGGAGAGGAUCAGGAGGAGGGAGAUGGUGAGGGCGACGAAGAGGAGCAAGAAGAGGAGGAGGAGGAAGAAGAGGACAAGCAGAAGGAGAAGGAAGACAAGGAGGAGAAGGAUAAGAAGAAGGGUGUUGCCACCGGCAAGAUUAGCAAGAGCUAA